AGUGAAACUAUCAUGUUUCUACAUCAAAUCUUCUACCAGGGGUUAAAAGCCAGAAUAGCCAGCUGGCCUACGUUGGUGCUGGCCGACCUGUUCGACAUCCUACUGCCUAUGCUGAACAUCUACCAGGAGUUUGUGAGGAAUCACCAGUACAGCCUCCAGAUCCUGGCCCACUGCAAGCAGAACCGAGACUUUGACAAGCUGCUGAAGCAGUACGAGGCCAAGCCCGACUGCGAGGAGAGAACUCUGGAGACCUUUCUCACCUACCCCAUGUUCCAG